GCCUAGUCUACGCCAUAUAUCGCAAAAUACGGGAAAUUAGGAGCUGUAAACCUGCAAAUUUGGAUUGAGUUUUCUAACCAUGGUUAAACUCAACCCCAGGCAGCGAGUCAAAGUGCCAAACCAGGAAACACCAUAGCCAAGCCCAGCCAGGUCCAUCAUCAACCCCCUUAUUUAUUUUGAACUUCCCUUCAAUUCGCCAACGAUUCUUCACAUUUUUCAGGUAGGUAGAGAUAGAAAGAGGGGUGGGAAAUCAAAUGAUGGCCAUCUCUAGCUAUCCCACCGUGCUUCCCUCGUUCGAGUGCCGCUCGGACCCUGAUUUCUCCGGCAGAUUUCCGCGCCCGGAGUUCCCUAGCUCGACCUUCCGUCCCAAAUCACCGAGUCACGGAUCUACUCUUCGCGGCCUCUCUUCUCCGAUCUUCAGGUUCCCUCCCAACUUCGUCAGGCAGCUCAGCACCAAGGCUCGGAGGAACUGCAGCAACAUUGGCGUCGCCCAAAUCGUCGCGGCUUCGUGGGCCAACAACAACUCCGCAUCUGGAUUUCACCCGGCGGCCAAGGCAAUUGAUGCCGCCGCCGCCGCCGCCGCAUCCAUUUCGCCGCCUGAGGUGGUUUCCCCUGUGCCCGAGCAGGCGCAGCUGGAGAGGAAUGGUAGUUGUAGUGAACGAAAUGUACAGAAUCAGGAUUUGACCCAUGUAAAGUACGCUUCUUUUUUGAGUUCAGAUGGGAGCGUCGCAGUUCAUGCGGGUGAAAGAUUGGGGCGUGGUAUUGUUACUGAUGCAAUAACUACUCCGGUUGUUAACACGUCUGCUUAUUUCUUCAACAAGACUUCUGAGCUUAUUGAUUUCAAGGAGAAAAGGCGUGUUAGUUUUGAAUAUGGGCGUUAUGGAAACCCUACCACUGUUGUUGCAGAAGAGAAGAUAAGUGCACUUGAAGGGGCUGAGUCUACCUUGUUAGUGGCAUCUGGAAUGUGUGCUAGUACUUUAAUGUUGCUGGCUUUGGUUCCUGCUGGGGGUCAUCUUGUCACAACCACUGAUUGCUAUAGAAAGACUAGGAUCUUUAUCGAGACAAUACUUCCUAAGAUGGGGAUCACUGCCUCGGUAAUUGACCCUGCUGAUAUGAAUGGGCUGGAGUCUGCGUUAAAUACACAUAAAGUGAGCCUCUUUUUUACAGAGUCCCCAACAAAUCCAUUAUUCAGGUGCGUUGACAUUAAGCUGGUUUCCAAGCUUUGCCAUGAAAAAGGUGCCUUGGUUUGUAUAGACGGAACAUUUGCGACUCCUCUCAACCAAAAGGCCUUAGCUCUUGGGGCUGACCUUGUCCUUCACUCUGCAACAAAAUUUAUUGGGGGACAUAAUGAUGUCCUAGCUGGAUGCAUCAGUGGACCUGAAAAGUUAGUUUCAGUAGUUCGUAACUUGCAUCAUAUCCUUGGGGGAACUCUCAAUCCAAACGCUGCAUAUCUUAUCAUCCGAGGCAUGAAGACGCUGCAUCUGCGUGUACAGCAACAAAACUCAACAGCAUUAAGGAUGGCCGAAGUUUUGGAGGCCCAUCCUAAGGUGAGACGUGUCUACUAUCUGGGCUUGCCAAGCCACCCAGAACAUCAUAUCGGGAAGAAGCAAAUGACUGGGUUUGGUGGUGUCGUCAGUUUCGAGAUUGACGGAGACCUGAUGACCACUGCAAAAUUUGUGGAUGCUCUGAAAAUUCCAUAUAUUGCCCCAUCCUUUGGCGGGUGCGAGAGCAUCGUGGACCAGCCAGCCAUUAUGUCUUAUUGGGAUCUUUCUCAGUCAGAAAGGGCUAAGUAUGGGAUAAUGGACAACUUGGUUAGGUUCAGCUUUGGGGUGGAGGACUUGGAAGACUUGAAAGCUGAUGUUCUUCAGGCUCUAGAGGCCAUAUAGUGGCGCCCUCCUUUCAAAUGCUGUUUCUCUUUUGUUUUUUAGUCAUUAAGAGUUGGCUUGCUUGUUUCUUGUUUAUUUACUUGGAAUUUGUUGGUGGGCACGUACACUCAAAGAAGCAUUUAUGUCCACAAUUUGAAUCAAAUACGUUGCUUCAGUAAUCAACUGAUGAAUCCUUGAUUUAUUUACAAUACUCACAUAUACACUGAAAAACAACUGAUCAACAUUUUGGUAGUUACUCGGUCAAGGGCGGACUAGUGAGUUGGACUGAGUACUCGGGAUAACUCGGUGGAGUACUCGGGAUAACUCGGUGACUACGCAGCCCUAUAUUAAUUAAUUUUAAAAAUACAAAUGUUUGAAAUUAUAGUAAUAUAUUAGGGAAAACUGUCAAUUUAGCUCCCGUACUAUACCGAAAACGUCGAUUAGGCUUCCGUACUUCAUAAACACUCAAUUGAAGUAUUGAACCCUCAUAUAGUCAUACUACUAAAAAACGCUCAAUUGAGCACUUUUAGAAGGUCACCAACCGGUUUUCCAUUUAUGUACACGCGUGGCACUCCACGUGGUGGCUUGCGUGGCAUUUCUUUUCUUUUUUCUUUUUUCCUUCUUAUUUUCUUUUUCUUUCUCUUUCUCUUUUCUCUUUUCUUUUAUUUCCUUCUUCCGAUUUGCUUACAUAGCUGAUAGCUGUCAUAGCAGGUGAAGCCAUUGAAGGAAUUCAGAGGUUGCUGACAUCACCUGGGUUGCUCUUGUUCCAAAGUUCUGUUAGAUUUAUUGACAUCGCAGACCAUGGAAGUGUACCUUCCGGCAGCAAAUUAAACCAACACAGACGCAGUCUUUGCGAAGGCGGCGUAAUACCCAGCUAGGCGGCGUAAUACCCAAUUAUGGCGGCCGCAGUCCUUGCGAAGGCGGUUGCAGUCCCCAACGAUGACCCGAAUUCCCUGAAUUACUCCCCUCUUGUGAAACGGAUCUACACAAACGGGAACUUGAUUUGAUGAACCGAAAGAGAUAAAGAAAUAAAAGAGAACAAAAGUUGCAACUUGAGACCAUGGAAGUAGGAUCUGGAAGUGGGUCUUGCCGACGACCUGGGAUUUGGGAAGGAAGCUAAGAGAACGAGAGUAAAGCUUUAGACUAAAGAAAGAAGAAAGAAAGGAAAUGUAAAGGAAAAUGAAAAAGAAUAAGAAAAAGAAAAAAUUGUCACCUGUUCUGCCACGUGGAGUGCCACGCGUGUACUUAACUAGGAAAAAGGAAACCAGUUGGUGACCUUCUAAACGUGCUCAAUUAAGCGUUUUUUAGUAGUACGAUGGUUCAAUUGGGUGUUUUUGAAGUACGAGGACCUAAU